GGUCGGAUGACAGCUGGAACUGUGGUCAUAACUGGAGGAAUUCUGGCCACUGUGAUACUGCUGUGUAUCAUUGCAGUGCUGUGUUACUGUCGGCUGCAGUAUUACUGCUGUAAACGGAAUGGCUCAGAAGUGGACUCAGGUUCGGCAGGUGACCCCCAGCCUCAGUUUGCCUGUAAUGCCUGCAGCGCUUCGGGAGUGGAUGGGGCAGCGGUCACUCCGUUGGCACUGCCCUUCGACCCCACGCUGCCGUUUGACCCUGCGGCAGCCCACGGGUACUGCCCCACCUGCGCACCCCACCACCUGCGGGAUGGCGUGCGGAACGGUGGUGAGCGGCUGCUGGGCUUCAUGCCCGGUCAUUACGAGAACACACAUGCCACGGCGCUGGGCAUGGCUGCCCUGCUGAACCGCCGCAGCCCGCCAGACUUCAUCACAAACACACACGCCAUUAGCACCGAUGUCUGA